AUGUUGCGUCCACUACCCAACAUUGAAUCUAUGGUUUUCAACGUUGCAAAAUACAACUAUUUCAGCCAAAUUGAUUUUAAAAGCGCUUAUCACCAAGUGCCGAUUUUAGAGACUGAACGAAAAUAUACAGCAUUUGAAGCAUGCGAGGCCCUAUAUCAAUUUACUCGUAUACCAUUUGGAGUCACUAAUGGCGUGACUGCGUUUCAGAGAACGCUACAGUUCAUAAUUGAGGCUGAAAAUCUAAGAGGCACCUUCUGUUAUUUAGAUGACGUGACUGUAUGUGGCAAAAAUAGAGACGAACACGAUAAAAACUUGCAGCAAUUUAUGAAUGUUGUGAAGAAAUACAAACUUACGUUAAAUGAGAAGAAAUGCACUUUUGGAUCAAAAAGUAUAAGUCUAUUAGGAUAUUCUAUUAAGAACAACGUUAUCAAGCUAGACAAAGAACGAUUCGAAGAAACCACUAUUGGAUCUCCCUACUUCAACAGAUGCAGCUUCAUUAAGACGUACUUUGGGUAUGUUAGCUCAUUAUUCGAAGUGGGUUAA